AUGCGCCUUUUGCAUGCCUCUGGCGACGACUUCGAACUUGUUGAGUUUGUUCGCUACAUGCCAACAUACGCAAUAUUAUCACAUACCUGGGGCGCCGACGAGGAUGAAGUCACAUUCAAAGACAUAUACAAGGGCAAGGGCAAAGGCAAAAAGAAAUUCGGCUACGCCAAGCUCCAGUUCUGCGCUGCGCAGGCCGCUAGAGACAAUCUCGAAUUCUUCUGGGUUGAUACAUGCUGCAUAGAUAAGAGCAGUAGCGCGGAAUUGGCUGAAGCCAUCAAUUCGAUGUUUAAGUGGUAUCGGGGUUCGACAGUAUGUUAUGUAUACCUCUCCGAUGUACCCAGCACUGGCAAGCGGUAUUUACCGAGACACAAGCAACCACCUUUCAAUGGCCAUCGAUGGUUUACACGUGGAUGGACGCUUCAGGAGCUUCUAGCACCAAGGAGCGUUGUCUUCUUCUCCAUGGACGGCACAAGAAUUGGAGACAGGUCUUCCCUUGCAAAAGAAAUUGCACGUGAGACGAGCAUUCCUGUAGCCGCAUUGGAAAAUGGUCCAGACUUUAUGCUCAAAUAUCCUGUUGAAGAGCGCAUGAACUGGGCAGAGCAUCGACAAACGAAAAGGGAGGAAGAUGCCGCGUACUGUCUUCUUGGCAUAUUCGAAGUUCAGAUGCCGCUCAUAUACGGCGAAGGCAAAGAGAAAGCUUUUGGUCGCCUAAAAAAGGAGAUCGAAGAUCUGUACGGCAGGAGCGACUGGAUUGACAUCCUCUUGCAUCGGCCAGAACAAAUCCUUAUUUUCUCUCUAGUAGCAGUCAUCUGCUACGUGUUAGGAAAGCUCAUCUGUCUACAGAGGGAGCUGCAGAAACUGAACGACAUCGUAUUCGAUAACGCAAUGAUGCAAGGCAUAGACCAGCAAAGCAUACACGUGCGAGAGAUCAUGCGGCGCAUGCAGAAGGGGGUCAUAUAG